AGCUCGGCAAUUUGCAUUAAUCUUUGCACCACCUCCGGAAAAAAACUUAUCUUGUCACGACGUGUUUUUUCGGUGACAGGAAUGAACUUGUUGCUCAUAAGACAUGGCGAGUCUACCGACAACGUAGCCGGCCUUCUCGCAGGUUCUCGAGAUGCCCCACUGACAGCCCACGGCGUGAUCCAGGCGCGGCGACUGGGCCAGCACCUCGCCGAGCGCAGCGCAGAGAUUGGCCCCGUCGUGCACGUCUUUACGUCGGAUCUCCAGCGGGCCCUGAAAACUGCCUUGGAAGUCGUGGCGGCGCAAAACAAGCAGACCCGCAGCGGCGACAGCUCGACUGGGUUUGCCCGGGGAGCUGAUCCCGGCAACCAAGAUCCGGGGAGGCGGCAGCAGCAGCAGCAGCAGCAGGAUGUGGAGAAGCUACCCUUGCUCCGGGAGAAGGACUUUGGGUCCCGCGAGGGUGUGGCUUAUGGAAAGCGACGACGCGAUCAGGAUGAGCCGAUCCGGACUGAGGGUGAUGGCUUGCCGUUGAUCAAGCCCGAGACUCAUGAGCAGAUGUCGGACAGGAUGGAGAAGUUUGUUCGCGACCAUCUCAGGCCGCUUCUUGCAUCUCGCCUGACCGCCGAGGUGGGCCCUCGCGCCGAGACUGUUGUCGUUGUCGCUCACGGCAUUAUACUGAAUGUCUUGAUGAGGGUUCUUCUGGCGCAGUUCCCCGAUGCUAAUUCUGCACGUCCCGUCGAUGACUUGGGGUCCAGGGAUCCACUUGUCCGACCUGCCGAGUUCUCCAUUCCGUGGAGAAACACGGCUUACACUGAGCUCAAGGUUGCUUUGUGUGCUCUUACACAAGACACGAGAUCGACAUCUGCAAUUUCUGACAAAGCCACUGCGUCGGCAUCUCUCACUAUGAGUGUCAUCUCAGUCAAUAAUAGCUGCCAUCUGGAUGGGUUGAAAAAGACUCGAGGUGGGAUCGGCAGUGCACAAUUUGACUCCAAGCAGAAAACCAUGGACUCCUUCUUUAGUCGAAAGCUCCAAGGUCCAUAAAAGUGAGUAAGUAAUGCAUGCUUGUCGAAUAUUUGCAGCACGACAAUAUCAAGCGACGAUAUGUGUAUGGCCUGUCUGCAUGUGUAAUGGUACAGUUGCGAAGUGAUCAUGCUCCCUCCUACUCUUCCUCAGAAGGCAGCAUCUCCGGGAACCAUCCAUACUCUUUGAAGUCGACCAUUAGCUCACCGAGAGCCCCGGUUGUGACCGUCACGCCCUCUGCCCUCAGUGCAGUAGCCUGGUUCUGCGAACCCGAUGGUGCAGAUCUGAGUGACAGGGCCCAAACUUAUUAGUUCGCCGUAGAUUAGACAAAUGGAAGGGCACACCUGACGGGGAGCUGCAGACCUUGGUGAGAUGAUACCCUUGGCAUUGAUGACCCGCUGCCAAGGGACAUUGUUGUGAUUAUGCACGGCGUUGUCGUCUUCUGAGAGGUGCUUAAGGCAUACUCCGACCUGGCGAGGUCUCUGGGCUGAGUCUGGGGUUAGUAGAAAGUGCAUUUGUAAUGGAAAGUUUUAUGAUUAUUACGCUGUCCAACGAGAUGGGCGAU